CUCCUCUGCCAGCAUUAAGGGCAAGAGACAUUAUGGGCUUAAAGAGAAGGGCGUGAGACAGUACAGCUGGAGGAAGGAAGAAGCAGACAGAGGCACAUACUAGGGCAGCAGCAGGCCUAUUUACUCCACAUCUCAUCCUGGACUGGGGAGAUAGAAGAGACUUAGAGAAUUACAGUGAAGAGGAGAGCAGAAGGGGACAUUGGAUCCUCAUCACCAUAUAUCAUUGCUUUGUCCAGGGCUCAGCAAGUAGCCAAAUCCUCCUGUGUGUUGUCUCCUUCUAGAGAUGGAAAAAGAAAAUGGGAAGCCCCUUCAGGAUGGGACCACGGAGGAAGACUUAGCCAAAGACUUGGAGCAGAAGAUGUCUGACCAGAAGGAAGAAAAUGGAAAAGGGGAGGCCCAGUCUAAAGUCAAGAUAGAGAAUGAUGAGAAAGCCAAAUCCGAUCCCAAAAAAGAGGCUGAUGAAAAAGAGGAGACUAAAUCUGUACCCCAAGGAGAGGCAGAUGGGGGAAAGGAAACUGAAUCUAACUUGAAAAAAGAGGCUGAUGGGAAAGAGGAUGCCAAGUCCGAACUCAAAGAAGAGGCCAAUGAGAAAGAGGAGGCCAAGUCUGAAACCAAAGAAGAGGCUGAUGAGAAAGGGGAGGCCAGGUCUGAAGCCAAAAAAGAGGCUGAAGGGAAAGAGGAGGCUAAGUCUGAAGCCAAAAAAGAGGCUGAAGGGAAAGAGGAGGCUAAGUCUGAAGCCAAAAAAGAGGCUGAAGGGAAAGAGGAGGCUAAGUCUGAAACCAAAAAAGAGGCUGAAGGGAAAGAGGAGGCUAAGUCUGAAACCAAAAAAGAGGCUGAAGGGAAAGAGGAGGCUAAGUCUGAAACCAAAAAAGAGGCUGACAGAAAAGUGAAAUGUGACUCAAUAGAGGAGGCAACAAAGGAGUCUGAGAAAGAGAAUAAGGAGACUUCCUGCUCAGAAUUGGAGACAGAAACCAUUUCUGACACUCAGAUUACCCAGGAGGAAGGUGAUACUGAGGGAGCUGAGAAGGAGCAGGGAGAAGGCUCAGGAGCAAUUCCUAGCUCACCAGAAUGGCCGGAGAGCCCCACUGGAGAGGGUGAGCACUUCAGCCCAGACUCUAUUGGUCCAGAGAGCCCAACAACCAGUGAGUCCUCCCUCAGCGACGUGCCCCAGAGUCCCACGGGCCCCCCACCCUCUGAGGAGAAGAAGAAGGAGAAGCCAUCGGAACAUAGAGUUUCCGCUCCAGCUCGACCCCGGGGACCCAGGGCUCAGAACCGAAAGGCCAUCAUGGACAAAUUUGGAGGAGCAGCCACGGGUCCUGCCCCCCUUUUCCGGAACGCCAAGGCAGCCGGGGCAGCUGUGGGCAGCGUCAGGAACAUGCUGCUUGAGUGGUGUCGGGCUAUGACCAGAAACUAUGAGCACGUGGACAUUCAGAACUUCUCCUCCAGCUGGAGCAGUGGAAUGGCCUUCUGUGCCCUCAUCCACAAAUUCUUCCCCGAUGCCUUUGACUACACCACCCUUGAUCCCAAGAAACGCCGGGAAAACUUCACCCUGGCUUUCUCUACGGCUGAGAACCUGGCUGACUGUGCGCAGCUGCUGGAAGUCGAUGACAUGGUCCGGCUGAGCGUCCCCGACUCCAAGUGUGUCUACACCUACAUCCAGGAGCUGUACCGCAGCCUGGUGCAGAAGGGACUGGUGAAAACUAAGAAGAAAUGAGGGCCUCGGGCACCCCCUGCAGGUGCAGCCCAGAAGGACAUCUGGUGGAUGCCCGGGGGGCUUCCUCUUGCUCUUGGGCAUCCCUGAGAUCUUUAGGAAAGGACUAAAGGCCGGGGGAGGAAACUGGCAGAUGGGGCAUCGGAGUCACAGCCUGGGGCUCAGGGAACAUGCCCUCCAAGCACCCCACCCCCACCCCCAGAUAAGGAACGGCCCCCCGGGCCAAACAAACUCCUGAGAACGCU